AUGGUUGGAAAAAGUAAACUAUUUGUUGUUAAGAGGGAUGGUAGAAUGGAGGAGGUGCAUAUUGAUAAAAUAACAUCAAGAAUAAAGAAAUUAUGUUAUGGCCUAAAUAAUGAUUUUGUUGAUCCUGUUAGUAUAACAUUAAAAGUAAUAAGUGGUAUUUACUCGGGGGUGACAACAACUGAGCUUGAUAAUUUAGCUGCUGAAAUUGCAGCUACAAUGACUACUGAUCAUCCCGAUUAUGCAAUUUUAGCUGCUAGAAUAGCAAUUUCAAAUCUUCAUAAAGAAACCAAGAAGCACUUUUCAGCUGUCGUGUCAGAUUUAUAUAACAUUGUUAAUCCAUAUACAAAUAAAAGAUCACCGAUGAUAUCGGAGUUCCACUACAACAUUAUUAUGAAAAACAAGGACAGAUUAGAUUCUGCAAUAGUUUAUGACAGAGAUUUUAAAUACAACUACUUUGGUUUUAAAACUCUAGAAAGAUCAUAUUUAUUGAAAAUAAAUAAUAAGGUUGUGGAAAGGCCACAGCAGAUGCUUAUGCGAGUCUCAAUUGGCAUUCAUGGAGAAGACAUUGAUAGUGCUAUCAAUACCUAUAAUCUUUUAUCUGAAAAAUAUUUCACCCAUGCAAGUCCAACUCUGUUUUCAGCUGCUACACCAAGACCACAACUUUCCUCAUGUUUCCUUAUAGCUAUGAAAGAUGACAGCAUUGAAGGUAUUUACGAUACUUUAAAACAAUGUGCGUUAAUUUCAAAAUCAGCAGGAGGUAUUGGACUGCACACUCAUUGCAUUAGAGCUAGAGGUACUUACAUUGCUGGUACUAAUGGAAUUUCAAAUGGUCUUGUGCCUAUGUUAAGGGUGUACAACAAUACUGCUAGGUAUGUAGAUCAAGGAGGUAACAAACGUCCAGGUGCAUUCGCUGUGUAUUUAGAACCAUGGCACGCAGAUGUAUUUGAGUUCUUAGAUUUGAAGAAGAAUACAGGAAAAGAAGAAAUGAGGGCCAGAGAAUUGUUUUAUGCUCUAUGGAUACCAGAUUUGUUCAUGAAAAGAGUGGAAAAGAAUGAAAAUUGGAGUCUCAUGUGUCCUCACAACUGUCCUGGUCUGGCUGACUGUUGGGGCGAAGAGUUUGAAGCACUAUAUGAGAAAUAUGAGCAGGAAAAACGCUUUUUAAAACAAAUUCCUGCACAAGAAUUAUGGAAAGCAAUUAUCGAGGCUCAGGUAGAGACAGGCACACCAUAUAUGCUUUACAAGGAUGCAUGCAAUAGAAAAAGCAACCAAAAAAAUCUUGGCACUAUUAAAUGUAGUAAUCUUUGCACUGAAGUUGUACAAUACACUUCACCAGAUGAAGUGGCUGUGUGUAAUCUAGCUUCCAUAGCACUUAAUAUGUUUGUAGAAAACAAAGAAUACAACUUCAAAAAAUUAAAAGAAGUGACUAAGAUUGUAACUCAAAAUCUAAACAAAAUUAUUGAUGUCAAUUUCUAUCCAGUCGUAGAAGCAAAAAAUUCUAAUAUGAGACACAGACCUAUUGGUAUUGGUGUUCAGGGAUUGGCCGAUGCAUUUGUGUUAAUGAGAAUACCUUAUGAAAGUGAGAAAGCUAUACUUUUAAAUCAACAAAUAUUUGAAACUAUUUACUAUGGUGCAUUAGAAGCUAGUUGUGAAUUAGCAGAGAAAGAAGGAGUAUACAGCUCUUAUAAAGGAAGUCCAGCUAGCCAAGGUAUUUUACAAUAUGACAUGUGGAACAAGACUCCUACAGACCUGUGGGAUUGGGCUGCUCUUAAAGAGAAGAUAGCUAAACAUGGGCUACGCAACUCCCUUUUAUUAGCUCCUAUGCCAACUGCAUCUACUGCUCAAAUUCUUGGCAACAGUGAAUCCUUUGAACCAUUUACAUCAAACAUUUACCAAAGAAGAGUUCUGUCUGGAGAAUUUCUAGUUGUAAAUCAUCAUCUACUAACUGACUUGACUCAGGCUGAAUUAUGGGAUGACGAUAUGAAAAAUCUUAUCAUCUACAAUAAUGGAUCCAUACAAGAUAUUGAAAAGAUUCCCAAAGAAAUAAGAGAUCUUUAUAAAACAGUAUGGGAAAUUUCUUUAAAAACAUCUAUUCAAAUGGCGGCAGAUAGGGGAGCUUUUAUAGAUCAAAGUCAGUCAUUUAAUAUACAUGUUGCCAAACCAAAUUACGGAAAAUUGACGUCUAUUCAUUUCCAUGCAUGGAAGAUGGGACUGAAGACAGGAAUGUAUUACUUAAGAACUAAACCAGCUGCUAAUGCUAUUCAAUUUACAGUGGAUAAAGCUAAGAUUACUAAUGGACAAACAGAAUCUGAUGAAGCAAAAAUGUCAAUGAUUGCUUGUUCUUUGGCAAACAAAGAUGAAUGUUUGAGCUGUAGCUCU